AUGGGAUGGUUGAUGGAGGCUACGACUGUCGGAUUCUUCGCCAUUUUCGGAUUAAUAGCCAACGUCUUUAUCCUGCUGACAUUGCUGCCGGAGUUGCGUCAAUGCAACGCACCGCCCGCCGACGUCAUCGUCGCCGGCCUCGCCCUCGCUAACAUGAUCACCAUCGCUGUCGCCAUUCUCCGAAUGGCAGUGGAUUUCAUUCACAUUUUCUGUGAGCUUCAGCAAAAGAUCGCGGAGUCUUUCCUUACCCUCUCGCACUCCCUGAGCUUCUGGAUCAGCGCGCUCCUCUGCUUCUUCUACUGUCUGAAAAUCGUCAGUGUCCAUCGGCCCAACGCCAAAAAACUAGCCCAAAUCAUCGGCCGGAAUAGUCGUCUUUGGAUCGCCGCCACGGCGUUGCUGAGCUGCGCUCUCGGAGCUUUAGACUGUUACAUGACCAAUGCAGCUUUGACCUGCCAAUACCACAACGGGUCCUAUCACUUUCACUCAACGAACGGUUCCAACACAUGGAAUCGGGAGACAAUUGAAGAAUUGGAUAUGUACAUGAACCUGAUCCUUGGAACAGCAUUCCCCACCGUCUGGAUGUCCACGUCUUGCAUUUGCCUUAUCACAGCGCUCUUGCAAAACAGACGAUUUUCCCUGAAGCUUACCUCCAACGUUAAACAACACAAGGACCAUCACAUGCGCAUAAUAGCCAUGGUGAUUUGCCUUUAUCUGUUAUUUCUAUUCAUCCUCUUUGCAAGAAUUAUAUUUUUGUUCUGUGUCAUUUCUCAGACUUCUCUCUGCUCCUUUAUGAUGGAGGAAUUGUUUGAUUUUACUUACCUGUAUGACGCCUUCUCGUAUGCGGUCUUGAAUCCUGUGAUCAUCGUUUGCGGGGUUUGCAAACUUCGCGAUAAGAUGAGCAGAUUCUGUUGUAGGCGGGUCACUUGCCCGCAGACGGAAGGUGCGGGACCUCCGUUCGUAGUCGGCAGUUUUGCGGGAGGUAGAGGCGGCAAGCCAUAG